AUGGCGUCGACUCUCAGUCCAAACCGGCUGUCGGUCCAGCAUGGUCCCCCUCGAUCAUCACACUCACUUGACGGUGAGACUUUACGGUCAAGAGCAGACUCAACUAUCUCCAAUGCAGAUACUGUUAUUAGGUCAAGAGCAAACUCAGCAGCCACCACCACCACCAAAGCUGUCUACGACGAUGUCUCAGUAGCAGACGCUUUGAAUCCAGACGCCCGAAAUGAACAUGAUUUCAUCGUUGAAGAUAACAAGUUUGCCUUCUCACCUGGCCAGCUCAACAAGAUGCAAAAUCCAAAGUCUCUGGCUGCCUUUCAAGCGCUUGGCGGCUUACAUGGCCUGGAGCGCGGCUUGCGGACUGAUUUGACGGCCGGGUUGUCCGUUGAUGAAGGUCACUUAGAAGGCACAAUCAGCUUCCAGGAAGCGAUAGCGCCUGAAAAGACCAACGCCAAACGACCAUUUUCCUCAACCACAGAGACUCCCGCAAUUGAGGCCAACUCACAGUUCCGGGAUCGAGUACGCAUCUUCAGCCAAAAUAGACUGCCCGCUCGCAAAUCGACUGGCUUCCUGAAGUUGCUUUGGCUGGCAUAUAAUGAUAAAAUCAUCAUCCUGCUUACCAUUGCCGCUAUCGUAUCACUAUCCUUAGGUAUCUAUGAGACCGUCAGUGAAGGCUCGGGAGUCGACUGGGUUGAGGGGGUCGCUAUCUGCGUUGCAAUCUUGAUUGUCACCGUUGUAACAGCCGCCAAUGACUGGCAGAAAGAAAGGCAGUUUGCCAAAUUGAACAAACGGAACAAUGACAGAGAAGUUAAAGCCGUCCGCUCGGGUAAAGUGUCCAUGAUAUCGAUAUUUGAUAUUACCGUCGGGGAUGUUCUCCACCUCGAGCCUGGUGACUCUAUCCCUGCCGAUGGAGUUCUGAUAUCCGGUCAUGGAAUAAAGUGUGAUGAGUCCUCUGCUACUGGAGAAUCAGAUCAGAUGAAAAAAACCGAUGGUUAUGAAGUUUGGAUGCAGAUUACAACCGGCACUGCCUCGAAAAAGCUCGAUCCCUUCAUGAUUUCCGGCGGGAAGGUCCUUGAAGGUGUAGGGACUUUCCUAGUAACGAGCGUUGGGCGUUACUCGACCUAUGGACGCAUUCUGCUGUCGCUACAGGAGAGCAAUGAUCCCACCCCUUUGCAAGUCAAGCUAGGGAAGCUUGCCAAUUGGAUUGGCUGGUUAGGUUCUGGUGCCGCAAUCAUCCUGUUCUUCGCGUUGUUCUUCAGAUUCGUUGCUCAACUCCCGGACAACCCUGCCUCUCCUGCUCACAAGGGCAAGGAAUUUGUAGAUAUUCUCAUCGUUGCUGUUACUGUUAUCGUCGUCGCUAUCCCUGAGGGUCUCCCCCUGGCUGUGACUUUGGCCCUCGCCUUUGCCACAACACGGAUGGUCAAAGAGAACAAUCUUGUUCGCGUCUUUCGUGCUUGUGAAACCAUGGGAAAUGCCACAGUCAUUUGCUCUGACAAAACUGGAACUUUGACCCAAAAUAAAAUGACUGUAGUCGCGGGGACUCUUGGGUCGAAGAGCUUCAGUCAAGAUACAACUGACUGCGGCUUCAAUUCGUCGAUGACUGCAACCGAGACUUUCAAACAAUUUUCGUCCAGGACGCGUGAUCUGAUCGUCAAGAGCAUUGCACUCAACUCAACCGCAUUUGAAGAGGAAAGGGAUGGCUCCAAAGAGUUCAUCGGGAGUAAAACCGAAGUAGCAUUGCUACAACUGGCUAAAGACUACCUUGGUAUGGAUGUCACCGCUGAACGUGGGUCCGCGGAGGUAGUCCAAUUGAUUCCCUUUGAUUCCGCCCGCAAGUGCAUGGGAGUGGUAUAUCGGGAGCCUACAGUGGGCUACCGACUUCUCGUCAAAGGAGCUGCUGAGAUCAUGGCCAGCGUAUGCUCGACGAAGGCAGCUGAUAUGGAUGGCACCGCCGGCAUUGCCGUCAAUCAGUUCACCCAGGAGGAUGGUCGGAAGAUUCUAGAUAUCAUCGAAUCCUAUGCCAACAAAUCUCUACGGACGAUAGGAUUGGUUUACCGCGACUUCCCAAACCUUUCCAGCUGGCCUCCAAACUAUAUUAAAUCCGCAGAAGACGACCGGACUGCGGCCCAGUUUGAAGACCUUUUCCAUGACAUGACUUGGAUUGGUGUUGUAGGUAUACAAGAUCCUCUCCGACCCGAAGUUCCUGCAGCUAUUGAGAAGUGCCGUACUGCUGGUGUGCAAGUGAAGAUGGUCACUGGAGACAACAUAGCGACAGCCACCGCCAUCGCAUCGUCCUGCGGUAUCAAGACAGAGGAUGGAGUUGUCAUGGAAGGCCCCAAGUUUCGUCAGCUGUCGGAUGAUGAAAUGGACAAGGUGCUCCCACACCUUCAAGUCCUGGCUCGCUCAUCGCCUGAGGACAAACGGAUCUUAGUCGCGCGGCUGAAGCACCUGGGAGAGACUGUGGCGGUGACCGGAGACGGUACUAACGAUGGCCCUGCGUUGAAAACCGCUGAUGUCGGCUUCUCUAUGGGUAUUGCUGGAACUGAAGUUGCCAAGGAGGCUAGUUCGAUCAUUCUCCUCGACGAUAACUUCAGUUCGAUUGUGACAGCAAUCGCAUGGGGUAGAGCUGUGAAUGAUGCCGUCGCCAAAUUCCUCCAGUUCCAGAUCACGGUCAAUAUCACCGCCGUCGUCCUUACCUUUGUUUCGUCUCUCUACAGUGGCCAAAACCAGAGUGUCUUGAGCGCGGUGCAGCUGCUUUGGGUUAAUCUGAUUAUGGAUACCUUUGCGGCCCUCGCUCUUGCAACUGAUGCACCGACGGAGAAAAUCCUCCAUCGCAAACCUGCCCCAAAGAGUGCGUCCUUGUUCACAGUGGUCAUGUGGAAGAUGAUCCUCGGACAGGCAGUUUACCAGCUUGCCGUAACCUUUAUGCUCUAUUUUGCGGGCAGCCACAUCCUCAAGGACCAUCUCAGUGCCGAUAAUGGUGCAAAGGAGCUCGCCACCAUCGUCUUCAACACUUUCGUGUGGAUGCAGAUCUUCAACGAGUUCAACAACCGAAGACUUGACAACAACCUCAAUAUCUUUGAAGGAAUGUUCAAGAACUACUGGUUCCUUGGCAUCAACUGUAUCAUGGUCGGCGGCCAAGUCAUGAUCAUCUAUGUAGGGGGUCAGGCUUUUGGUGUGACACCUUUAAGCAGCAUCCAAUGGGCUGUUUGUAUAAUCUGCGCCAUUGGAUGUCUCCCUUGGGCCGUUGCUCUCCGCAUGAUUCCCGACAAGCCGUUCGGAAUUGCACUUGACUUUGUUGUCAGAAGCAUGGCAUUCAUUCUGCGACCUAUCAACAAGUCUCUGGCGUAUAUUGGCAAGAUGUCCAAGUCUGCUGUGUGGCCUGUAAAACGGGCUACCAAGCGAGUGUUCAACAAACGUCAGGGAGAAGACACCGGUAAACCAGAUGAGGAGGCUGCCAUUUUGACGGAUCUGAACCGCCAACAAACUCCCGAAGCGCCAAAGACCUCCGUCACGGUGCCUCCAAUUACUAUCACGACUUCUUGA